AUGCGAGACAUAGUAAAUAAGGCUUCGUCGAUUCUCCAAGAAACUGAAAACCCAAGAAGAAUCCCAAUGGUAGUGGACAUAGUCCGUCGUCGUCCUCAAGAAAUUCCGAAUUCUCACCAAAGUGAUCAUGGGGAAGCAGAUGAGGGUGAGAUCGCGUUGAUAGAGCGAACUGUGAACCUACCCUCAUUUGAUCUAGAGACUGAGGUUGUGCCUAUUCCUGCCUCGAGGCAUGCAGUUAAAGCACUGGAGAAAGUGAGCGCGGAGAAUCUAAAUAUGAAGGUGAAUCUGGCUGAGAACUGUACUAUAUGUUUUGAUAAUUUGAUUGCAGAAGGUGUUGUUGAAGUUACUCGCAUGCCAUGCAAACACCUUUUUCAUGGAGAUUGUAUUGUUCAAUGGCUUCAGAGAAAUCAUGUUCGUCCUUUGUGUCGCUUUAAGCUUCCUCUGGACAAAAAUUAG